AUGGUGGACAACCUGGACAGAGUCUGGUGGAAGGAUGGAGUGGUCUAUCAAAUCUACCCGGCGUCCUUCAAGGACUCAAAUGGAGACGGGUUGGGGGAUAUACCGGGCAUCAUCAGCAAGCUGGACUACAUCCGAGAGUUGGGAGUCGAUAUGGUUUGGGUAUCGCCAAUGUUCGAGAGCCCCCAGGUCGACAUGGGAUACGACGUCUCCAACUAUGAGGAGGUCUACCCUCCGUACGGCACAGUCAAGGACAUGGAGGACCUGAUCGGAGCUUGCCACAAGAGAGGAAUGAAGCUGAUCCUCGACCUGGUCAUCAACCACACCUCUGAUCAACACGCCUGGUUCAAGGAGUCAAGAUCCUCCAAGAACAAUCCGAAGCGUGACUGGUAUAUCUGGAAGCCUCCUCGCUACGCCGAAGAUGGAACGCGGCUUCCACCAACGAACUGGCGGAGUUACUUCUCCGGUAGCGCGUGGGAGUAUGAUGGACAUACAGACGAGUAUUACCUUCAUCUGUUUGCCAAGGAGAUGCCAGACCUAAACUGGGAGAGCGAGGAGUGCCGUAAAGCCAUCUACGACAGCGCCAUGCGGUUCUGGUUGGAUAAGGGCGUCAAUGGUUUCCGAGUUGACUGUGUGAAUAUGUACUCGAAAUCCACCGACUUCCUCGAUGCCCCUAUCGCCGACAAGCGCUUCUACGAACAACCAGCGUGGUGCCAUUACGCCAACGGGCCGCGCAUGCACGAGUUCCUGCGCGAGAUGAACGAGAAGGUGCUCAACCGCCACGACGCUGUGACAGUCGGCGAGUUACCGCACACCCCUGACCCUAAGAAGGUACUCGACUACGUUGGACGCAAGGACAAGCAGCUCAGCAUGGUGUUCCAGUUCGAUAUCGUAGACAUUGGCCAAGGUGGCACCCACAAGUACCACUUUGAAGAAUGGAAGCUGCCGGUGCUGAAGAAGAUCGUCGUCAAGUGGCAAUGCUUCAUCGAGGGCACCGACGGAUGGACGACCGCCUUCUGCGAAAACCACGACCAAGGCCGUUCCAUCUCACGCUUCGCUUCGGACGCCCCCGAAUACCGCAUCCUCUCGGGCAAGAUGCUCUCGCUGAUGAUGUGCUCCUUGACCGGAACGCUCUUCAUCUACCAGGGCCAAGAGAUCGGCAUGAUCAACGUGCCCAAGGACUGGCCGAUCGACUACUACAAGGACAUCGAGUCCGUCAACUUCUACAAGCUCAUGGCUGCCAAGACCAACAACGACCCCGACGAGAUGGCGUAUGUGAUGCGCAGCCUCCAGACUCUGAGCAGAGAUAACGCCCGGAUACCGAUGCAGUGGGAUGACAGUCCGUAUGCUGGGUUCACCGAACGGAAGGAAGGUGCCUGGGCGCACGUCCACGACCUGUAUCCUGAGAUAAACGUGGCCAAGCAACUCGACGAUCCGAACUCGACGCUCAACUUUUGGAGAGACAUGCUCCGUUUCCGUAAGCAACACAGUGAGGUGCUCGUGCAUGGCACGUUCGAGGCUUAUGAUAUUGAGAACGAGAAGACGUUUGUGUUUGUCAAGAGAUUCGGAGGUAAACGGGUUGUAGUUGCUCUGAACUUUAGCAGUGAGGAGCAGGAGGUUGUGCUGCCAGAGCAUGAGACAGGGUUGAAGUUUAUGGUUGGGAACUAUGGAAACGAAGGAGGAGGAGGGGGCGAAAGGAGAAGGUUGAGGCCAUGGGAGGGAAGACUGUACAUGGCUGGAGGUGAUGCUUGA